AUGAAGCAACUCUUCCUUGCUGCACAGUUUCUAGCGCAGUGCAUUGCCACCUCGAAAUCGGUCCCGUGCCCAUCACCUACCCGCGGUCUUGUAGACUUAGGCUAUGCCACGCAUAUCCCUACAUACAUCAACACGACGGCUUCGGGCGAACGCGUGGCCGUGUACAAAAACAUUCGUUUCGCCAACUCGCCGACUGGGGAGCUGCGCUUUCGCAAACCGGACACUGAUCUGCCUCGGCAGGACGGGGUGCAGGACGGCCGAGCCUCCAGGUCGAACUCGACGUGCAUUUCUACCGCGCCUUGGAUGGUCCCGUUCACAGAAAUCAACGGUACGACAUUUGGCGUGGAAGACUGUCUGUUCUUGGAUGUCUUUGUGCCAGAAGAUGUGAGAGCAGGCGACAAGGUGCCGGUUCUGCAGUGGUUUACUGGGUCUGCAUACGCAUUCGGGGGCAAAGAGUACUUCAUCAACCCCUUGGGCCUGUUUGAUCGCAUCAAGGCUGCGGGAUUGGGCAAAUUCAUCUUCGUGGUAAACAACUAUAGGCUUGGAGUCAGCGGCUUCAUGUACUCGGCCAAGCAAGACAUGGACGCCAACGUCGGGCUCUUUGAUUCGCUCGCAGCCGCCGAGUGGACGGCCAAGUACAUUCACAAAUUCGGCGGCGACGCCUCUCGAUUCUCGGUCAUUGGAGAGAGUGCUGGUGCGGGGAUACUCUACUAUCUUACCACCCUCCAGUCCGGCGAGGCAGCCCUUCCCUUCCAGCAGGCGUUCAUCGCGUCACCUGCGGCGCCUCCACGCCGAGACGUCGCAUCUCGGCAAGAAGACGUGUUCCAAGCGGUGUUGAAAACGGCCAACUGCACGUCGAUGGAGUGUCUCCGAAACCUGUCAGAGGCGGACCUCAAGGCCGUCAACCACGUCCUCAUCAACAACACCGACGCCGGGAGCGGAGGCGGCAACUUUGGUCCAGGUAUCGGCUUUGGCCUUGCGCCUGAUGGACGAGACUUUGCGGACAUCCCUGCUCGUCUGCUCGGCGACGGGAAGGUCAACCGCGGGCUGAAGCGCCUGAUCGUGGGCACCAUGGCCAACGAGGGCCUCUACACGUCCAGCGACGACGACAUGCCGAACGCGUUCCCUGCCCUUGUGCGCCGUAUGCUUCCCGGCGCGAGCGAUGAAACAAUCUCUUUUAUUCAAGCACGAUAUCACCCACAGGUGCCAGCCCAGCUCGCGUGGGACUGGACGACCGACGUCGUGUUUGCCUGCCCGGCGUACAAUUUGGCGAAUGCGCUCCCCGAUCGCACGCACUUCUACAUUAAUUCGAUUCCUCCCGCAGCGCAUGGGCAGGACGUUCCCUAUUACUUUUACGUGGAUCAGGGCAGCACGCCAGUGGAUGACCCAGAGCUGGCGUUGGCGUAUCAAGACAAGAUUAUCAACUUCUUGCAUGGUAGAGAUAUUGAUUGGCCGGUUUACGGGAGCAGUAGAGACAUGUAUAACAUCACUGGCGAGUUUGUCCACAUCGUACUUCCGGAGGAUCUGCAGGCCAGAUGCAGUACCAUCGAUUCCAUGGUCCUGGACAAGGAGAACGGAGCCUAA